AUGUCUGCGCCUGACGCGGAGCGGCCAUGGACUGCCAAUACUGACACUCCCGGCCCUUAUGACACAAAUCAUGCCGACCCUUUGGCCGAGGAACCUCUGGAGCGCGUCACCCAUGAGAAAGACCUAUCUGAGGAAAAGGUCCUUGACUUUGAGGCACUUGAGGAGACGAGUUCGAAUAGUGACAGCGACCUCGGCAAGAAGCACAGGCGGCCUGAAGUAGAAAGCAGUCAAAGUAAUUGGACCGCCGGGACAGAAACCAGCGUUGCCACUUCACUUGCACCCGAUCCGGAAGAAGAAUCACCUCGAAAACGAACAUGGAGUCAGAGGCUCAAUCCACUGAAGCGCAAGCCGCCGCCACCGGUACCCAAGGAACGAUUGCCAUCCCGCGAGCACGAAGCAGGAUGGUUCAGUGUCUACACUUUCCAAUGGAUUUCACCUUUAAUGUCGGUCGGGUAUCAACGGCCGCUGGAGACGAACGAUAUCUGGGCUGUCAAUCCAGACCGCAGCGUUGAAGUUAUGAAAGCGAGAUUGUAUACGAACCUAGAGAAGCGAAGAGCUCAACCUGGCCGGAUCAAUCCUCUCGUUAUGGCUCUUUACGACACAUUCAAGAAGGAGUUCUGGAUAGGAGGCAUUACCAACCUGUUUGGAGCACUGCUGCAAGUUCUGUCUCCGUUCGUCAUGAAGUAUCUCAUUGCUUUCGCGGGUCGCGCAUAUCGAGCGCAACUUGGUCAAAUCCCUGCGCCCCACGUCGGCGAAGGUAUUGGUCUUGUUCUGGGCAUCACUGCCAUGCAAAUAUGUCAGUCGUCAUGUAUCAACCACUUCAUCUAUCGAGGUAUGAUAGUGGGUGGACAGUGUCGAUCGGUCUUGAUCAGUGUGAUCUUCGAGAAGGCCAUGAUCUUAUCUGGACGUGCAAAGGCAGGCGGCAAGGCUCAUGCUUCGGAAGAAGAUCUCAAGCCAGAUUUUGCGCCUGGAAGCAAGGAAGAAAAGGCAUGGUACAAGAAGCAGCUCGGAAGCGGCAAGAAGGGUGUCAGCGGCGACGGUCAAGGAUGGGGCAAUGGCAGAAUUGUCAAUCUCAUGUCCGUUGACACAUACCGCAUCGACCAGGCUUGCGGCAUGGGCCACAUGAUCUGGACCAGCCCAAUCCAGAUCCUGCUCACCCUGGCACUUCUGUGUAUCAACCUGACAUACAGCGCGCUCGCCGGAUUCGCCUUCAUCUGUGUCAUGAUGCCUUUGCUUGCACGAGCCAUUCGCAGCUUGAUGGCUCGCCGAAAGUUCAUCAACAAGAUCACCGAUCAGCGAGUCAGUCUCACACAGGAGAUCGUGUCUUCUGUACGCUUCGUCAAGUAUUUUGGCUGGGAGACGAGCUUUCUGGAACGACUGAACGAGAUCAGGACACGGGAGAUCAACAAAGUCUCGUUUUUGCUGUCCAUCAGAAACGGUAUCAUGGCUGUCUCGAUGUCACUGCCUAUCUUCUCGAGCAUGUUGGCCUUUAUCACUUACUCGACAACGCAGCAUGUGCUCAACCCGGCACCCGUCUUCUCCUCCUUGGCUCUGUUCAAUGCCCUUCGAAUUCCGCUCAAUUUACUCCCAAUGGUACUUGGUCAGGUCGUGGACGCCAACGAAUCGAUCACUCGUAUUUCCGAGUUUCUGGCAGCCGAAGAAGCAAACGAUGAUUCCAACUGGGAUAACGAUGCUGAGAACGCGAUCUCAAUCGAGCAUGCCGAGUUCACUUGGGAGAGGAACACCAAGAACGAAUCCGAUGGUGCGCCAGGCCAGAACCCGAAAGGCGAAAAGCAGAGGAAGCUGGAAGCGAAACAAGCUAAGAAGGAUGCAGAAGCAGAAGCGAAGGAAGACAAGUGGCGCUCGAAACUGAUCGAAAAGGGUGAGCUUGAUGCUCUGCCCACUCCGAGCAGCACGACUUCACUUGCUGAGGAGGCCAGGCCAUUCCGGAUAAGGGACAUCGAUCUCAACGUAGGGAGAGAUGAGCUUGUGGCUGUGAUAGGAUCUGUUGGUUCUGGGAAGAGCUCGUUCCUAGCCGCUUUGGCUGGUGACAUGCGCAAGACGAGUGGUUCUGUCACCUUUGGUGCAAACCGACGUGCAUUUUGCCCACAGUCUGCCUGGAUUCAGAACGCUACUGUCAAGGACAACAUCACGUUCGGCAGAGACUACAACAAGAAGUGGUACAACGAUGUCGUAGACGCUUGUGCACUUCGACCUGACUUGGAUAUGCUGCCCGCUGGCGAUAUGACCGAGAUUGGUGAGCGCGGUAUCACAGUUUCCGGAGGUCAAAAGCAGCGUCUGAACAUCGCACGGGCUAUCUAUUUCGACGCCGACAUUAUUAUUAUGGAUGACCCGCUGUCUGCUGUCGAUGCACACGUAGGACGUCAUAUCAUGGACAAUGCCAUCUGUGGGCUUCUUAAGGGCAAGGCCCGAGUGCUGGCUACCCAUCAGCUGCACGUCUUGCACCGCGUUGACCGCAUUGUAUGGAUGAAGGACGGCGCUAUCAACAAGAUCGCCACCUUCCCACAGCUGAUGGAAUCUGACCAAGAAUUCCAAGAGCUCAUGAAGACUACGGCUGCAGAAGAAACCAAAGAGGAUGUCGAGGAAGUGCUUGAGGACGAAAUCGAGGACGAGAAGACGAACGCCAAGAAGAAGAAGGGCAAGAAGCCAGCAGCGGCACUCAUGCAAAACGAAGAACGAGCCGUCAAGAGCGUCGGAUGGGGAGUCUACGUUGCCUACAUCAAAGCCAGCGGGUCGAUCAUGAUCGCGCCUUUGAUCCUCUUCCUACUGAUCAUCUCACAAGGUGCCAACAUCAUGACCAGUCUUUGGCUGUCUUACUGGACGUCUGGCAGGUUCGGACUCAGCUUGGGAAUAUACAUUGGUGUGUACGCCACUCUCGGCGUUGUACAAGCCUUGUUGAUGUUCGCCUUCUCGGUGACCCUCACCGUGUACGGUACUAGGGCUUCGAAAACGAUGCUGGACCGCGCAAUGUACAGAGUGCUGCGCGCGCCCAUGUCCUUCUUCGACACUACGCCAAUGGGCCGGAUCACGAACCGCUUCUCCAAGGAUGUCGACACGAUGGAUAACACGCUCACGGACUCGAUGCGAAUGUUCUUCCUGACCAUGGCUAUGAUCGUUUCGGUCUUCAUCCUCAUCAUCGCUUACUACUACUACUUUGUUAUCGCUCUGAUACCACUGACGAUCUGCUUCGUCCUUGCUGCCGGGUACUAUCGAGCUUCAGCACGAGAGCUGAAGAGACAUGAAGCUGUCUUGCGAAGUGUUGUGUUCUCGCGCUUCAGUGAGGCUGUCAACGGACAGGCUACGAUCAGGGCUUAUGGUGUCCAGAAACGCUUCGCCGAUAAUGUGGACGAGGCCGUCGACUCCAUGGACGGCGCGUACUUCCUCACCUUCGCUAACCAAAGGUGGCUGUCAACACGUCUGGAUGUCCUCGGAAAUCUUCUGGUGUUCACUGUCGGCAUCCUGGUCGUCACCUCACGAUUCACCAUCAAUCCCAGCACCGGUGGUUUGGUGCUGUCGUAUAUCCUGUCCAUCGUACAGAUGAUCCAGUUCACCGUGCGACAGCUAGCUGAAGUCGAGAACAACAUGAACUCAACAGAGCGCAUCCACUACUACGGCACCCAGCUCGAAGAGGAAGCACCACUUCACCUCGGCGAUGUCAGACCAACCUGGCCAGAGAAGGGAGGGAUCGACUUCGACAAUGUGCAGAUGCGAUACCGCGACGGCCUACCACUCGUGCUCAAGGGCCUGACGAUGAAAGUCCGCGCCGGAGAACGCAUCGGUAUCGUCGGCCGCACCGGCGCCGGCAAGAGCACAAUCCUCUCCACUCUCUUCCGCCUCGUCGAGCUCUCUGGCGGCAGCAUCACCAUCGACGGCGUCAACAUCGCCAAGAUCGGUCUCCACGAUCUGCGCUCCCGUCUCGCAAUCAUCCCACAAGACCCCACCCUUUUCCGCGGCACAAUCCGCAGCAACCUCGAUCCCUUCAACGAACAUACAGACCUCGAACUAUGGAACGCCCUUCGCCAAGCAGAUCUCGUCGGCGCCGAGCAGACAAUCGAAGACGAAGCAGGUCGCAUCCACCUCGACACGCCAGUCGAGGACGAAGGUCUCAACUUCUCCCUUGGUCAACGACAACUCCUCGCUCUCGCACGAGCUCUUGUUCGAGGGUCCCAGAUCAUCAUCUGCGAUGAAGCUACCUCAUCCGUGGACUUCGAGACUGAUCAGAAGAUCCAGAAGACGAUCGUGCGUGGUUUCCAGGGCAAGACGCUGCUCUGUAUCGCGCAUCGACUCAAGACCAUCAUCGGCUACGAUCGCAUCUUGGUCAUGGACCAAGGUAACGUCGCGGAGCUGGAUAGUCCCAUCAGUCUCUACGACCAGGGCGGUAUAUUCAGGAGUAUGUGCGACCGCAGUGGGAUUAGGAGGCAAGAUUUCUUCAAUAGUGAGGAGGCAAGGUUUGGAGCGGAGAGUCCGGCUCUUGAACGCACGCAGAGUGCUAUGUUUCAGCAGCCUGAGCAGGCGUAUGUGAAGGAAGGAUGA